AAAAAAGGAGGGUAAAUAAGUGUGGAUUUAUUAAUUUUCUCUCUCCUAAAACUCCAAAUCUGUGCUCUGCAUCUCCUUCCUUCUCAAAACCCUCGAAGAAAAGCAGCAUCUUGGGAGUUGGAGUUGUAGUCGUAUCUCUAGUCGGAGGCGCCUGUGCCAACCACCUCCCCGUCUCUGCUGCUAUUCUCAGGCGGGUGCCCCUCCUGCCUCAGGGUCGGGCCUGGCAACAUGUAUGGUGCAGAUUCGGAGAAGAGAAUGGAGGCGAAGGAAUUACAGGCCAAUUUUGUGCAUUUGAGCCUUCUAAGCAAGUACUACAAGCGAGCAUACCAAGAAUUUUUCAAGUCAAGUGAAGCUGAUAAGGAUCUUGUUGAUGCAAGCUCUUCUUCAAGCUCUUCCUCUGGUACCAUUUCAGACUAUUACAAGUUUGGUUGGCUGCUGUUUCUGGCCCUUCGUGUCCAUGCUUUCAGCAGGUUCAAGGACCUAGUAACCUGCACUAAUGGAUUAGUCUCAGUGUUGGCUAUCUUGAUCAUUCACAUCCCUGCUCGAUUGAGGAAGUUCAAUGUUCUUGACUCACCAUUAUUCGAAAAGAAAACUGAUCGAGGUGUGAACCUGGUCUCGUCGCUUUGCCAGAAAUAUGACACUUCUGAAGACGAGUUGAAGAAAAUGAUAGAGAAAGCUAAUGAACUGAUUUUAGAGAUUUUGAAGAAAAAACCAUGUUCAGAAUCACAAUGCAAAACUGAAAACCUUGAGAACAUUGACCCAGAUGAUUUGACUUUCUUUGAAGAUUUGUUGGAAGACUCGUCACUUCCAACUUGUAUCAGCAUGUUAGAGAAGGAUUAUGAGACUACAAUUUGUAACAAGGGUGAUAUAGAUGAAAGAGUCUUUGUUAAUGUGGAUGACAGUUUACUAGCAUCAGGGAGUCUUUCUGGAGGAUCUGUGAACAUAAGUGGUACUAAGAGAACAUUUGAGGCAAUGGCCUCUCCAACGAAAACAAUUUCAAGUCCACUCUCACCUUGCCGAUCACCUACACAUGUAAAUGGGGCUCGUGGUGGUGUCAACGUAAGAAUGAUGUCUACACCAGUUAGCACUGCAAUGACAACUGCUAAGUGGCUUCGAUCUUAUAUUUCUCCGCUUCCAUCCAAGCCGUCUCCACAACUGGAGAAGUACUUUAUGUCAUGUGAUAGGAAUAUAAGUAAUGAGGUUGUACAUAGGGCUCAUAUUAUUAUGGAGGCCAUUUUUCCUAAUAGUGCUCUCGGGGAGAGAAAUGUUGCUGGGAACCUACCAAAUUCCAACUUGACAGACAACAUAUGGGCACAUCAAAGACGGCUGGAAGCUUUGAAGCUAUAUUACAGGGUGUUGGAGGCAAUGUGCUCUGCAGAGGCUCAGUUGUUGCAUGCAAAUAAUUUGACCUCUUUGCUAACCAAUGAGAGAUUUCACAGAUGCAUGCUUGCAUGUUCUGCAGAAUUGGUUUUGGCCACUCAUAAGACAGUGACAAUGUUGUUUCCUGCAGUAUUAGAGAAAACUGGGAUUACAGCUUUUGAUCUUAGCAAGGUGAUAGAAAGUUUUAUUAGACACGAGGAUUCUCUUCCAAGAGAACUUAGAAGACAUUUAAAUUCUUUGGAAGAGAGACUCUUGGAGAGCAUGGUUUGGGAAAAGGGUUCCUCAAUGUACAAUUCUUUGAUUAUUGCGAAACCAGCUAUGUCUGCUGAAAUAAAUCGUUUCGGAUUGCUGGCAGAGCCAAUGCCAUCCCUGGAUGCAAUUGCUGUACACAUUAACAUGUGCUCUGGAGGCCUACCACCUCUUCCAUCAUCAAUUAAACAUGAGACUGCAACAGGGCAAAAUGGAGAUAUCAGGUCCCCGAAAAGAGUUUGCACUGAGUAUCGCAGUGUGCUCGUAGAGCGCAGCUCUUUUACAUCACCUGUGAAAGAUCGAUUGAUAAAUAACCUCAAGCAGAAGUUAACUCCUCCAGCUUUGCAGUCUGCAUUUGCAAGUCCAACAAGGCUGAGUCCAGGAGGUGGAGGAGAAACAUGCGCAGAGACUGGGAUCAAUAUAUUCUUCAGUAAGAUUGUGAAGUUGGCUGCUGUCAGAAUCAAUGGCAUGAUCGAAAGGCUUGAAAAGCAAUCUACCACACAGACUCAGCAGUUUAGGGAGAGUGUGUAUUGCCUUUUCCAGAAAAUUCUCAGUCAACGGACAUCACUUUUUUUUAAUCGUCACAUCGACCAAAUAAUUCUCUGUGCUUUCUAUGGAGUUGCAAAGAUUUCUCAAUACCAACUUACGUUCAAGGAGAUAAUUUUAAACUACCGCAAGCAACCUCAAUGUAAAACACAAGUUUUUCGCAGUGUAUUUGUUGACUGGUCAUCUUCACUGAGAAACAGACAAGGGCAGGAUCAUGUUGACAUCAUUACUUUUUACAACGAGGUAUUUAUUCCUUCAGUAAAGCCUCUUCUCGUGGAGCUUGACCCUCAAGGAGCAUGCGCAAAAACAGACUCGGUUCCGGAAAGUAAUAAUGAUAAAGAUGGUCAAUGCCCUGGAUCACCAAAACUAUCUACAUUUCCAAGUCUUCCUGACAUGUCUCCGAAGAAAGUUGCAAAGAAUGUGUAUGUAUCUCCAUUGCGGUCAUCAAAGAUGGAUGCUCUAAUUUCAAACAGCUCAAAGAGUUACUAUGCUUGUGUGGGGGAAAGCACUCAUGAAUUUCAAAGCCCAUCAAAAGAUCUGACUGCAAUUAAUGACCGUUUGAAUAGUACUCGCAAGGUAAGGGGAGCACUGAAUUUUGAUACAGAUGCUGGUCUGGUAAGUGACUCUCUUGUGGCAAACAGUCUCUACCUUCAGAAUGGAAAUUGUACCACAACAACAUCAUCAUCUGUGGUUCCCCUGAAAACAGAACAGCCUGAUUCUUAGUUCGGAGAUUGUACAUGAAUGAUGUAUAUUCUUAGUUCCUCACACUUGUCUACCAACCUUUUUCUCUCCUGUAAUUUAUUUAUUAAAUAGCUAGACGUGAAAGCGAGAGCAGUAUGUUUUUAAUGUAGCUGCCAUCUUUCAGACGCUUGUGUUAGUUGUGUAUGUUUUUAGGCUUUAGGUUUUAGGUUUUAGGGCUUAGGGUUUCACGGUAUUAGUUGCCUUACGUUGUCUGAAGCUUAAUUCAUUAUGUGUUGUCCA